GCAGGUGACCGCGGGCCGGGGCCGAGCCGGAGCGAAUCCCGCGCGGGGCGGCGCGGCGGGGAGACGGCUCGCGGGGUCGGCGAAGUUUGCCGGAACAUGGCGGAAGAGCCCGGGGCGCGCGGGAGCGCGGCGCGGCGGCGGCCGGGGCCCCGGGAGCUGUAGCCGCCGCAGCCGCCGCCGCCGCGGGGCGAGGUCGCCGCCAUGGCCCGCUGGAUCCCGACCAAGAGGCAGAAGUACGGGGUCGCGAUCUAUAACUACCAUGCCUCUCAAGAUGUGGAGCUCUCCUUGGAGAUCGGAGACACGGUUCACAUCCUGGAGAUGUAUGAGGGUUGGUACAGAGGAUAUACCCUCCAAAAUAAAUCGAAAAAGGGGAUUUUCCCUGAAACGUAUAUCCAUUUGAAGGAGGCAACUGUGGAAGACCGAGGGCAGCACGAGACCGUGAUCCCUGGUGAGCUCCCACUGGUGCAGGAGCUCACGUCGACCCUGCGAGAAUGGGCUGUCAUCUGGCGCAAGCUCUAUGUGAACAACAAGGUCACGCUUUUCCGCCAGCUGCAGCAGAUGACCUAUAGCCUGAUUGAGUGGCGGUCCCAGAUCCUGUCUGGAACGCUCCCCAAGGAUGAACUGGCAGAGCUCAAGAAGAAGGUCACAGCCAAAAUUGAUCACGGGAACAGAAUGCUGGGAUUAGAUCUGGUGGUGAGAGAUGACAACGGGAACAUCUUGGACCCAGAUGAAACCAGCACCAUCGCCCUCUUCAGGGCCCAUGAAGUGGCCUCAAAAAGGAUUGAGGAAAAGAUCCAAGAAGAAAAGUCGGUUCUUCAGAACCUGGACUUACGGGGCCAGUCUGUCUUCAGCGCUGUCCAUACCUACGGCCUCUACGUGAACUUCAAGAACUUCGUCUGCAACAUUGGGGAGGACGCCGAGUUGUUCAUGGCCCUCUAUGACCCGGACCAGUCCACCUUCAUCAGUGAGAAUUACCUAAUUCGUUGGGGCAGUAACGGGAUGCCCAAGGAAAUAGAGAAGCUUAAUAACCUUCAAGCAGUUUUUACUGACCUCAGCAGCACAGACCUCAUCCGGCCCCGCAUCAGCCUCGUGUGCCAGAUUGUCCGGGUGGGCCACAUGGAGCUGAAGGAGGGCAAAAAGCAUACCUGUGGGCUCCGAAGACCUUUUGGAGUAGCAGUGAUGGAUAUUACUGAUAUUAUACAUGGGAAGGUGGAUGAUGAAGAAAAGCAGCAUUUUAUCCCCUUUCAGCAAAUUGCAAUGGAAACCUAUAUCCGGCAGAGGCAGCUAAUCAUGUCGCCCCUGAUAACAUCCCAUGUGAUUGGGGAGAAUGAGCCACUCACUUCAGUCUUGAACAAAGUGAUAGCAGCGAAGGAAGUGAAUCACAAAGGACAAGGGCUUUGGAUAUCUUUGAAGCUGUUGCCAGGUGACCUCACACAGGUUCAGAAGAAUUUUUCACAUCUGGUGGAUAGAUCAACUGCAAUCGCCCGAAAAAUGGGCUUUCCCGAAAUAAUACUUCCAGGCGACGUACGGAAUGAUAUUUAUGUCACCCUGAUCCACGGCGAGUUUGACAAAGGGAAAAAGAAGACACCGAAGAACGUGGAGGUGACCAUGUCUGUGUACGACGAGGCGGGCAAACUCUUAGAGAAAGCCAUUCAUCCUGGUGCCGGAUAUGAAGGCAUUUCAGAGUACAAAUCAGUGGUCUAUUACCAAGUCAAGCAGCCCUCUUGGUAUGAGACUGUCAAGGUAUCCAUUGCUAUAGAAGAGGUUACUCGCUGCCAUAUAAGAUUUACCUUCCGACACAGAUCAUCUCAGGAAUCCAGAGAUAAAUCAGAGCGAGCCUUUGGGGUGGCCUUCGUGAAACUGAUGAACCCGGAUGGCACCACGCUGCAGGAUGGGAGGCACGAUCUGGUGGUUUAUAAGGGUGACAACAAGAAAAUGGAAGAUGCUAAACUCUACCUGACCCUGCCUGGAACCAAGGUAGAGAUGGAAGAAAAAGAGCUCCAAGCAUCCAAAACCCUGGCCAACUUUGCCCCAACCAAGGAUAGCACAAAAGACAGCUUUCAGAUUGCCACCCUCAUUUGCUCCACAAAGCUCACCCAGAACGUUGACCUGUUGGGCUUGUUAAAUUGGCGUUCGAACUCCCAGAACAUUAAACACAACUUGAAGAAGUUAAUGGAAGUGGAUGGCAGUGAGAUUGUUAAGUUUUUGCAAGAUACACUAGAUGCACUUUUUAACAUAAUGAUGGAAAUGUCGGACAACGAAACCUACGACUUCCUUGUGUUUGAUGCACUGGUAUUUAUUAUUUCACUGAUUGGAGACAUCAAGUUCCAGCAUUUUAAUCCUGUCCUUGAAACCUACAUUUACAAGCACUUCAGUGCCACUUUGGCAUACGUGAAACUCUCCAAGGUACUGAACUUCUAUGUGGCUAAUGCAGAGGACUCCAGUAAGACAGAAUUGCUUUUUGCUGCUUUGAAAGCCCUAAAGUACUUGUUUAGGUUCAUCAUCCAAUCGAGAGUACUCUACUUGAGAUUUUAUGGCCAAAGCGAAGAUGGAGACGAAUUCAAUAAUUCAAUCCGCCAGUUGUUUUUGGCUUUCAAUACGCUAAUGGACAGGCCUCUGGAGGAAGCUGUCAAGAUCAAGGGAGCAGCUCUGAAGUACCUUCCCAGCAUAAUUAAUGACGUCAAACUUGUGUUCGAUCCUGUUGAGCUCAGCAUGCUCUUCUGCAAGUUCAUUCAGAGCAUUCCUGACAACCAGUUAGUUCGCCAGAAACUUAACUGCAUGACCAAGAUAGUGGAGAGCAAUCUUUUUCGGCAGUCGGAGUGCAGAGAUGUCCUGCUGCCACUGCUGAUCGACCAGCUCAGCGGCCAGUUAGAUGACAACUCCAGCAAGCCCGACCAUGAGGCCAGCUCGCAGCUUCUGAGCAACAUCCUGGAAGUGCUGGACAGGAAGGAUGUGGGUCCCACGGCGAUGCACGUCCAGCUGAUCAUGGAACGGCUGCUGAGAAGGAUCAACAGGACCGUGAUCGGGAUGAGCCGCCAGUCUCCGCAGAUCGGGGGUUUUGUGGCCUGUAUGAUUGCGAUUCUGCAGCAAAUGGACGACAGCCACUACAGCCACUAUAUCAGCACUUUCAAAACCAGACAAGACAUCAUUGAUUUCCUCAUGGAAACUUUUAUCAUGUUCAAGGAUCUGAUUGGAAAGAAUGUCUACGCCAAAGACUGGAUGGUCAUGAAUAUGACACAGAGCAGGGUUUUCCUUCGUGCUAUAAAUCAGUUUACUGAGGUUCUCACAAAGUUCUUCAUGGAUCAAACAAGCUUUGAACUUCAGCUCUGGAACAAUUACUUCCAUUUGGCGGUAGCGUUUCUCACCCACGAGUCCCUUCAACUUGAAACCUUCUCUCAAGCCAAGCGCAACAAAAUUGUCAAAAAAUAUGGGGACAUGAGAAAGGAAAUCGGCUUUAGAAUCCGGGACAUGUGGUAUAACCUGGGUCCCCACAAAAUCAAAUUUAUCCCCUCCAUGGUGGGUCCCAUUCUGGAGGUCACACUGACCCCCGAAGUAGAGCUCCGGAAAGCCACCAUCCCCAUUUUCUUUGACAUGAUGCAGUGUGAGUUCAACUUCAGCGGAAACGGCAAUUUCCACAUGUUUGAGAAUGAGCUGAUCACAAAGCUGGACCAAGAGGUAGAAGGGGGCAGAGGAGAUGAACAAUACAAGGUCCUUCUGGAAAAACUGCUCCUAGAACAUUGCCGGAAACAUAAAUACCUCUCCAGCUCUGGAGAAGUGUUUGCGCUCCUGGUCAGCAGCCUGUUGGAGAACCUCUUGGACUACAGAACCAUUAUCAUGCAUGACGAGAGCAAGGAGAACCGCAUGAGCUGUACCGUUAACGUGCUGAAUUUUUACAAAGAAAAGAAGAGAGAGGACAUAUACAUAAGGUACUUGUACAAGCUGCGGGAUUUGCACCGAGACUCAGAGAACUACACAGAAGCCGCCUACACUCUUCUCUUACAUGCUGAGCUUCUGCAGUGGUCUGACAAGCCCUGUGUACCCCAUUUGCUUCAGAGGGACAGUUACUAUGUUUAUACCCAGCAAGAGCUCAAAGAAAAGCUGUAUCAAGAGAUCAUUUCAUACUUUGACAAAGGCAAAAUGUGGGAGAAGGCCAUCAAACUGAGCAAAGAGUUGGCUGAGACCUACGAGAGCAAAGUAUUCGACUACGAGGGCCUUGGCAACCUGCUGAAAAAAAGAGCCUCGUUUUAUGAGAACAUCAUUAAGGCAAUGAGGCCUCAGCCGGAGUACUUUGCCGUUGGAUACUAUGGACAGGGCUUUCCUUCUUUCCUACGGAACAAAAUCUUUAUCUAUCGGGGGAAGGAAUACGAGAGGCGAGAAGACUUCAGCCUGAGGUUGCUGACGCAGUUCCCCAAUGCCGAGAAGAUGACCAGCACCACGCCCCCGGGAGAGGAAAUCAAGUCGUCCCCAAAACAGUACAUGCAGUGUUUCACCGUAAAGCCAGUGAUGAGCCUGCCUCCCAGCUACAAGGACAAACCAGUUCCAGAGCAGAUCUUAAACUACUACAGAGCCAAUGAAGUACAACAAUUCCAGUAUUCCCGGCCAUUCCGGAAAGGAGAAAAGGAUCCAGAUAAUGAAUUUGCUACCAUGUGGAUCGAAAGGACCACGUAUACGACUGCGUAUACCUUUCCUGGCAUCCUCAAGUGGUUUGAAGUCAAACAGAUUUCAACGGAGGAAAUCAGUCCCCUGGAGAAUGCCAUAGAAACCAUGGAACUCACCAAUGAGAAGAUCAGCAACUGUGUUCAACAACACGCCUGGGACCGGACCCUCUCUGUGCAUCCUCUCUCCAUGCUGCUCAGUGGCAUCGUAGACCCGGCUGUCAUGGGGGGAUACUCCAACUAUGAAAAGGCUUUUUUUACGGAGAAGUACUUGCAGGAGCAUCCAGAAGACCAGGAGAAGAUUGAGCUGCUGAAGCGAUUGAUAGCAUUACAGAUGCCCCUGCUGACGGAGGGGAUCCGCAUCCACGGGGAGAAGCUGACAGAGCAGCUAAAACCACUGCAUGACCGGUUGUCGUCUUGUUUCCGGGAGCUCAAGGAGAAAGUGGAAAAGCUCUAUGGUGUUAUAACACUGCCACCCAACUUGACUGAGCGGAAACAAAGCCGCACGGGAUCCAUUGUACUACCCUACAUCAUGUCGUCUACGCUGCGGAGAUUGUCCAUCACCUCGGUGACUUCCUCUGUGAUUUCCACCUCUUCUAACUCAUCUGAUAAUGCUCCUUCCAGACCGGGAUCUGAUGGGUCAAUCCUGGAGCCACUCUUGGAGCGCAGAGCUUCGUCAGGUGCCAGAGUUGAAGAUCUCCCCCUCAAAGAGGACACGGAGAACCGGAUCAGCAAGUUCAAGAGAAAAGACUGGAGCCUGAGCAAGUCCCAGGUCAUUGCAGAGAAAGCAUCAGAACCUGAUCUGAUGAGCCCAGCCAGAAAAGCACAAAGGCCAAAGAGUCUCCAGUUGUCGGACAAUCGGCUGACGCCAUUUCAUGGUUCUUCGCCUCCUCAGUCAACACCCUUGAGCCCGCCUCCACUCACUCCUAAAGCUACCAGGACCCUAAGCUCGCCAUCUUUGCAGACAGAUGGGCUGAUGACUACUGGUGUCCCGCCUCCCCCUCCCCCCAAAAGCAAGCCCUAUGAGAGCGGCCAGAGGAACUCCACAGAGAUUGCUCCCCCACUGCCCAUCAGAAGAGAAGCCAAAGUCCCACCCCCACCACCUCCAAAAACUCGGAAAUCUGGCUUGCUUUCUUCUGAGCCUGGAUCCCAAUAAGGAUCUUGUCCCCUCUCUGUCUCUGGAACUCCUGAACACCUUGAACACCUGAUGCCUGAGAGGUGAAACUGUCCUCACUCCCUGGGGCCCCUUGCUGACCACCUUUCCUGAUCCGGGGUCAGGUUCACCAGCUCCAAACUGGUUGGUCUUCGAAAGGCUUCUCUUUGAUAGAAGCCUAAGGCCACACCGCCUCUCCUCCAUUCCACGUGGAAUUCUAAAACUGGCCGUGUCCUGUGUGUCUCUCAAAAGAGAGAUCUCCCUCACCACUAUUAAACUCAGCCUCCAAUGCAGAGCCACUGAGGCCUACAGAAGCCUGGAUAAGUUCUUCUGUGGUGAUGGCGGAGCACCCCAGGAACCUACUCUUUGGAAGGAUUUCUUGCGUCGCUUCUGAAAAACUAUGCUUGAGACUUCGUUUUCUCACGUGGGCCCAUCGUGUCCCGAGUGACAUUGGAAGAGACCCACCUCAAGUACUUCAGUAGCUGAAAUAAUCCUAUCUUUCUGAUGUCUGCUGUGUCUCCUUUGAGGAAAAGAAUGUCUUUGUAAUGAAGAUUGGCUACCUUCAAGUGUGGAUAGUUACCAUUGUUGAAAAAACAUGGACUCCACUGUGAGGUCUGAGCUCCUGCACCACCAACCCCCCGUCCCCGCCACGUGUGGCACGGGAAAGCUGCCCCCACCCCCUCCCAGGAGCGCCUCAUGCUCCCGACUAACGGCCCUCAGCACAAGGCAGUAACUCCUUCCCGCUACAGACUCACUUGAAGCUCUUUCUUUUGCACAGUUUCUUGUCCUGUUAUCUCCUUUGAGCUCAAAUCACGGGACAGAAGGGCCUUAGAAGCCCCGGGUUCAACAGCUUCCCUUCCAGAUCCCAUUUGGAUGGCUCAGCAGCCCCUCUCUGCAACCUGAUUUUACCCUGGAGAAUACAGUGCAAUAUCUCCCUUUGAUUAUUUA